AUGUGUAAUUCAGAAACUAAUAACAAGUGUCAUAACAGUGACCGCAACUUUAGAAUAGAGGAUAAUAUUUUAAUAGGAAAGGAAUUAUCGCUACCCAAAAUACCGGUCAACGUGGCUGAAGAAGCGCUUAAAAUUUUGAAAAGCAAGCCGGAUUUCAUCGGACAGGUGGAUGCUCUUACGGGUGAAAUGCAAACCUUUGCAGAUAUGAGUGAACGUAGCAUAAAAUGUGCCCUUUGGCUGAAAAAGCAAGGUGUAAAACCGGGCGAUAUAAUCGGUCUUUGCACUGAUAAUAACUUGGACGCGUUCUUAAUUUUGUUAGGCAUUAUGUACAUAGGUGCUACAUGUAAUACGUGGGAUCAUAAGCUUUCUCCGCUUACGGCACGAUACUUCCUUGAGCUGACAUCGCCGAAAAUAGUCUUCACGAUAAAUUCGUCGGCUGCGAGUUUAAGGCAAGCGGCUAAGGAACUGAAAAUGAACUUAAAAGUGGUAGUUCUUGACAAAUUGGAUGGAUACGAAUCCUUGAAUGAGGAUGUUUUGAGAGGUCAUAACACUCGCGAAAUCGUCGAAUUUAAAUGCUUCACUACAAAACCGGAUGAUGUUGCUCUCAUAGUUCCUUCUUCGGGCACUACGGGUUUACCAAAAGGCACGAAGAUCACUCACUAUUCUUUGCACUGCUGCAUGCAUCCUGAUAAAAUCCGCGACUUGCAAGGUCAUAUUUUCAUAAUUGUACCCACACUACGUUGGAAUUACGGUGUUCUGAUGGGCUUCAGGGUUAUCGGUGUGCAUGCGAAGAAAAUUAUUGUGCCGGAUAAUGAUGAUGUCGAAGGUUUCUUGCAGUUUAUCGAGAAAUAUCAUGUAUCCUGGUUCAGCACCGAUCCGUUCAUACUAAUCAAUCUCAUUAAAAGCGAAUUGCUGGAAAAAUAUCGACUACCAAGUUUGAAAAUAAUUCUUUCUACCGGCGCUCACCUCAAAAAGGAGUAUCUAGAAGUACUACAGGAGAAAUUACCUCAUGUUUUCGUUAAUAAUACUUACGGAAGUACCGAUACGUCAUGCGUAUGCAGUGCGCCAACUAGAUUCACCAAACUAGGAUCCGUCGGUUAUGUGUCAUCUAACGUCCGCAUAAAGAUUGUGGAUCUGAAGACGGAGGAAACGCUAGGACCUAACAAGACCGGAGAACUACGUGUAAAAGCAAUCACAAUGAUGCAAGGAUAUCACAAUAAUCCAGAAGCGACGAAACAGUCCUUCGAUUCUGACGGUUGGUUACACACGGGCGAUGUGGCGUAUUAUGACGACGAUGGGGAAAUAUUCCUUGUCGACAGGAUAUCCGACUUCAUCAAUUUUCGAAGCAUCAACGUCUCGCCUGGAGAAAUCGAGGCCGUUUUAACUACUCAUCCCGCGGUAUUACUAGCGGCGGUGAUAGGAAUACCCCACGAAGUCGACGAACAACACCCGAUGGCUGUCGUUGUCUUACUGCCGGAUAAAUCGGUAACAGAAGAAGAGCUUAUCAACUUGGUGGAGAAAAACUUGCCGGAUUAUUGCAGACUUCGUGGCGGUGUUAAAUUCGUGGAGCAAUUGCCGCGCACAACUACCGGCAAAAUCGCGAGGAAGCAGCUGCGAGAAAUAUAUGCGAAAUAA